GCCGGCGCGGGGGCCGCUGGGAGGCGCGCGGAGCGGGUUGUGACGCAGCUUCCUCUGUGUGAGGCGGCGGCGCGGGAGUGGCGAGGCUGGAUCGGGCCGGGCCGGACCGGACCCGGCCGGACCGCGCUGCUCUCCUCUCUUCGACGGUUUAAGGAAAGGAAACUGAUACAUACUGAAAAUGUUUAACAAAUCUUUCGGAACUCCUUUUGGAGGUAACACUGGCUUUGGAACAACAUCAACUUUUGGACAAAAUGCUGGCUUUGGUACCACGGGUGGAGGAGCGUUUGGCACAUCAGCCUUUGGGGCAAACAACAACACUGGGGGCCUCUUUGGGAACACCCAGGCAAAGCCAGGAGGGCUCUUCAGUUCCAACGCCUUUAAUCAGCCAGCCACCUCCUCCACCAGCACUGGCUUUGGGUUUGGAACAUCCACUGGGACAUCCAGCAGCCUGUUUGGUACCACCAGCACUGGUGGAGGCCUCUUCUCAUCCCAGAGCAAUGCCUUUGCACAGAACAAGCCUGCUGGCUUUGGAAACUUUGGUACAAGUACCAGCAGUGGAGGUCUCUUUGGAACCACCAACACCACUUCUAAUCCUUUUGGGAAUCCAUCUGGCUCUCUGUUUGGCCCAACCAGUUUUACUGCUACUCCGACUGGCACAACCAUUAAAUUCAAUCCCCCAACUGGUACGGAUAGCAUGGUCAAGUCUGGAGUUAGCACCACUAUCAAUACCAAGCACCAAUGCAUCACUGCUAUGAAGGAGUAUGAGAGCAAAUCUCUCGAGGAGCUGCGUUUAGAAGACUACAUGGCCAAUAGGAAAGGGCCCUCAAAUCCUGUGGGAGCGGGAGCCACUACAGGCUUGUUUGGGACUUCCACUGCUACUUCGAGCACAGCUACAGGACUUUUUGGCUCUUCUACCACUAAUACAGGCUUUUCAUAUGGACAGAAUAAAACUGCUUUUGGAACGACUACGACUGGCUUUGGAACAGGAACAACAGGAGGUCUUUUUGGUCAGCAGACUCAAACUACAAGUCUGUUUAACAAACCAUUUGGUCAGGCCACGACGACUCAGAACACAGGCUUUCCAUUUGGGAAUACCAGCACUCUAGGACAGCCAAACACGAGCACAAUGGGUCCGUUUGGGGCCACGCAGCCCUCGCAGCCUGGAGGCCUUUUUGGAACAGCUGCCACUACCAAUGCUGGCACUGCGUUUGGAACCGGAACUGGGCUUUUUGGACAAGCAAACACAGGAUUUGGUGUUGGCGGUUCGACCCUGUUUGGUAGCAAACCUGCUGGAUUUGGAACCACCACGACCAGUACCUCAUUUGGUACAACCACUGGCGGCGGGCUCUUUGGUUUUGGUGCCAACAAUGCUGGAAAUAGCUUGUUUGGAAAUAAGCCUGCAACAGGGACUCUGGGAACUGGGCUUGGGACAGGGUUUGGAACAGCCCUCGGGGCAGGACAGACAUCAUUAUUUGGAAACACCCAGCCUAAACUCGGUGGCACACUGGGAACAGGAGCUUUUGGAGCACCAGCAUUCAAUACUUCCACUGCUACUCUGGGUUUUGGAGCCCCUCAGCCUGCUGUAGCACUGACAGAUCCUAAUGCAUCAGCUGCCCAGCAGGCAGUCCUCCAGCAGCACCUCAAUAGUUUGACUUAUUCACCCUUUGGAGAUUCUCCACUUUUCAGAAACCCCAUGUCAGAUCCAAAGAAGAAAGAAGAGCGGCUGAAACCAACCAACCCUGCAGCUCAGAAGGCCUUAACAACACCCACCCACUACAAACUGACCCCACGUCCAGCAACCAGAGUGCGCCCAAAGGCUUUGCAGUCUGCAGGCUCUGCCAAGUCUCAGCUCUUUGAUGGCCUCGAUGAUGAUGAGCCAUCCCUAUCCAAUGGUGCCUUCAUGCCAAAGAAGAGCAUCAAGAAGUUGGUUUUGAAGAACCUCAGUGGCAGCAGUCUGUUCUCUCCUGUCAAUCGUGAGAAUGAUGACCUGGCAUCUCCAUCAGAGUAUCCAGAGAAUGGAGACAGGUUCUUUUUGUCGGUACCUCCUGAUGAAAACCACAAACAAGAUGGUGAGCGCGAGGAGGAGGAGGAUCACCACGAAGUGACGAGGUUUUACACCAACCCCAUUGCCAAGCCCAUCCCACAGAGCCCUGAGAACACUGUGCACAAACACCAGAACAGUGUGGAUGACACCAUCGUGGCCCUCAAUCCACGGGCAGCCCUGCGGAACGGCCUGGAGGGCAGCAGUGAGGAUGCUUCAUUUCACGACGAUUCAAUUCAGGAUGAACGUGAAGAAGAGACUGAGACAGUGCACCACGUCCAUCCUGCAGGAAUUGUUCUAACCAGAGCUGGCUAUUACACCAUCCCAUCUAUGGAGGAGCUGGCCAAGUUUACCAAUGACAAAAAUGAAUGUAUUGUGACUGACUUCACCAUAGGCCGUAAAGGUUACGGAUCGAUUUUCUUUGAAGGAGAAGUAAAUCUAACUAACCUGAAUCUGGAUGACAUUGUACAUAUCCGUAGGAAAGAGGUUAUUGUCUACCCAGAUGAUGAAAGAAAGCCACCUAUUGGUGAAGGCCUCAAUAGACGAGCUGAAGUUACAUUAGAUGGAGUUUGGCCUACGGAUAAAACUUCUCGUGGCUUGAUAAAAAGCCCAGAACGACUGGCAGAGAUGAAUUAUGAGGGCAGGCUGGAGUCUGUAUCUCGGAAGCAGGGCGCUCGCUUCAAGGAGUACCGCCCUGAGACUGGAUCUUGGGUGUUCAAGGUAGCACACUUCUCCAAAUAUGGCCUGCAAGAUUCAGAUGAGGAAGAGGAAGAGCAUCCUUUAAAAGUGGACGCAAAGAAGUUAAAAACCACACCAGUACCUCCUCCAGGGCAUCUGCCACCUCAACAAAUGACCUUAAAUGGCAAGCCAACGCCUCCAGCUCAGAGCCCCGAGGUGGAGCAGCUGGGCAGAGUGGUGGAGCUGGACAGUGACAUGGCAGACGUCACCCAGGAGCCUCCUCAGGAGCCUGCAGUGCAGGACAGCAUGGCAGAGGAGCAGGAAGCAGUGCCUGCUUCUGCUCACAUUGCGUCGACGCUGGGCAUCAACCCCCAUGUCUUACAGAUUAUGAAAGCUUCCUUGCUUGCUGAUGAAGAUGACCUGGAUUUAAUCCUGGACCAUCACUCUGGGAAGCAACCUACAAAAAUGGAUACUUCUCAGGAGAUCUGUUCUCCAAGACUCCCUAUCUCAAAAUCCCAAGGACAGAAGAGAUGCUCAGUUGCUGGGCUGCUGCAAUCAAAGUUUGCUGAUACCAUUUUCCAACCACCCAGCACUGCUCUUUAUGACCUCCAGGAGCCAAGGGCAUCUCGCAGCUCCCCUUCCCCUGCCUGCUGGUCAGCAUCCUCUCCAUUAGCAUCAGCUUUCACCGUCCCUCCAUCGGUCCCUGAGGUGCAGAUGAGGACAGUGGGUGUCCGUAGGCAGCAGGGCUUGGUCCCUCUGGAGAGCUCCAUCACCUAUGGGAAGGGGAAGCUGCUGAUGGACAUGGCACUGUUCAUGGGACGUGCCUUCCGCGUGGGCUGGGGGCCCAACUGGACUCUUGUCAAUUGUGGGGAUCAGCUGAGUGGGUCGAGUGGGAUGGAGGACCUUCCAUGUGAGGCUGCGGAGUAUGGAUUCCUGCCUGCUCCUGUUGCUCCAAAACUACUCCCGGAGUCCCCUUUCAAGGUUCAUGUGGAGAAGCUGAACUUGGAACAAAGGAAGAUGAACAGAGACAAGCAGUUGUAUCUUAUCCCUCUGGAGAUAAAGCUGAAGCAUAGCACUGUCCAUAUGGACGAACAGUGUCCUCUCCUGGCUCCCAACCCAGGAGUUUCUGCUAUUCAUGACUAUGCUGACUGGGUUCGAACAGCAUCUGAGGAUCCUGCUGUAAUGGAGACUGUUGUGAAGCACUGGUGCUUGACGUGGACUUUAUGUGAAGCGAUCUGGGGGAACCUGAAGGAGCUGGAGGCCAGCCUGGAGGAGCCCAGUGAGUACGUCCUGGCCCUGGAGCGCAGGAGGGCUUUUUCUCGUUGGCUGUCGGAGACCGCAGCGGCACGGAUUGAUAAGGAGGUUGCUUUGACCCAACACCACAAUCAUGUGGAGGCUGUGUUCAGCUGCCUGACAGGGAGGAGGAUUGGAGAGGCUUGCAGGCUGGCACAGCAGGCAGGCAACCACCGGCUUGCCCUGCUCCUGUCCCAGCUGGUGGGCAGCCAGCCCACACGGGACCUGCUCACCAUACAGCUGGUGGACUGGCACAGGCUGCAGGCAGACUGCUUCAUCCCGGAGGAGCGCCUGCGCAUCUUCGCUCUGCUGGCUGGGAAGCCUGUGUGGCAGUUGUCUGAGAGAACCAGCAUCAAUGUGUGCUCACAGCUGGACUGGAAGCGCUGCGUGGCCAUCCACCUCUGGUACCUCCUGCCUCCAACAGCUUCUAUCUCCCAGGCACUUGCCAUGUAUGAGGCAGCGUUUCAGACCACAUCAGAGUCUGAGAAAUACGCCUGCUGCCCCCUGCCUCCUUACCUGGAAGGCUCUGGUUGUGAGAUUGAAGAAGAUGAUAAUGCAGGAAGACCUCUCAGAGAUGUCUGUUUCCAUUUGUUAAAGCUCUACAGCGACAGGCACUACGAUCUGGACCAGCUGCUGGAUCCCAGGAGCAUCACAUCUGACCCGGUGGACUAUCGCCUCAGCUGGCACCUGUGGGAGGUGCUCCGUGCCCUCAAUUACAGCCACCUGAGCAGGCAGGGGCAGGGCGUGCUGAAUGCCAGCUAUGCUGCCCAGCUGGAGAGCGAAGGCCUGUGGGAGUGGGCUGUGUUUGUGGUGCUGCAUGAGCCCAAUACCCACAUACGUGAGAAGGCCGUGCGUGAGCUGCUGGGCCGGCACUGCGCUCUGUGCGAGACCCCCGAGUCGUGGGCCAAGGAGACCUUCCUGACACAGCGGCUCUGCGUCCCUGCAGAGUGGAUUCAUGAAGCAAAGGCUGUUCGAGCCCGCAUGGAGGGCGACAAGCAUAAAGAAGCCUUGUUCCUGUUCAAAGCCGGGCACUGGAACCAGUGCCACAAGUUGGUUGUGCGGCACCUCGCAUCAGGUGAGCCAGGAACCAUUUGUCCCAUUCUCUUUUGAGUAGUGUGCAGGAAUGUGAUGGGAACAGAAGUGAUGGA